GUCACCUACUCUCUCUCUCUCUCUCUCUAUCUCUCUCUCUGUCUGCUCAGUGCUUUGCUUAACCCGCAAAGCAAAGGCCAAUUGCCCAGACCGCCCUCCAGGCUCCAACCCCGAAUUGAAUCUCUCUGAUUCCUCCGAUACCCUCUUUUCUUUUUCACUUUCUUGUGGUUUGUUACAAAAAAGAGCUCGCUUUUCAUUCUCUGCUCUCCCUCCUUCCCUCCCCUCUCUCUCUCUCUCUCUCUCUCUCUCUCUGUGCGCGCGCGCGUAUGCGAUGGCUGUGAUCUCGUUGAACUCGCUGCCACUGGGGUUCCGAUUUAGGCCGACGGACGAGGAGCUGGUUGAUUACUACUUGAGGUCCAAGAUUAAUGGGAACAAUGAAAAUGUUUCGGUUAUUCGUGAGUUAGAUGUUUGCAAAUGCGAGCCUUGGGAUUUGCCUGAUUUAUCGGUGGUAAAGUCAAAGGAUCUGGAGUGGUUCUUCUUCUGUCCACAAGACCUGAAAUACCCGAAUGGACGUCGAUUGAACAGGGCAACGGUUGCUGGGUACUGGAAGGCGACUGGCAAGGAUCGGAAUAUCAAAUCCAGAAAGAAGUUGAUCGGAAUGAAGAAGACCUUGGUUUUCUACACAGGUCGUGCUCCUAAGGGAAAAAGGACAAAUUGGGUUAUGCAUGAGUACCGUACUACUCUGAAGGAGCUUGAUGGCACAAACCCUGGUCAGAGUGCCUAUGUCCUCUGUCGUUUAUUCAAGAAAUUGGAUGAGCGUCUUGAAGGUUCAAAUGGUGAUGAAGCUGAACCAGCUGUUUCAACUCCUACUGCAGCCAAAUCUUCUCCUGCAGAUACACAGUCUGAAAUAGCAUCUCCAUCAGUGGGAGGGCAAGUUGAAAACCAUCCUGCAAUUAUUGACUGUUGUCCUGCUGAGAAUUCGGAUGCAACAACGUCUGACACCAUCCCACCUAUCAAUUGUAACAGCAACAAUGGUGCAGAAAAUUAUUUUACAGACUCACCUGUUUCUGAGGCUGAUCAUCUGCUGGAGCGCCUUAAUAUGUUCUAUGAUCCACCAGGGCUACUAGAUGACAAAAUCUUCUCCCCGAUACAUUCACAAAUGCAAUAUGGGCUAGGAUCUUCUUGCACAUAUUAUGCUACCCCCAAUGAUCUGAAGAAUAAUUAUACUGGGGUGCAGUCUCAGUAUGGCCCUAGUGAGCCAGAUGCCUAUACGGAUGAGUUCCUGGCUUCUGUGCUUAAUCAUCUGGCUUAUGAAGACCAGACUCCACUAAAAACAGAACCGGUUAAUUACAAUGGAUCAUACAGUGGGUCAGAUACAGACGGGGUUAAUGCAAUGCUUGACCUUCAAAGUUCUCUAUGCUGUGAAGAGAUCGUCGAGAGAGAGGCUCCUUUACAGGUGGGAACAACACCGGAAUAUUACAGUAAUGCACCUUUUGAGCAUGAUGUUGAUGAGAACAGGGGAUACGUGGCUUUGUCACAUAAUGAGUCUUAUGAGCAGAUAGCUUUCUCAUCUGGCGGCACAGGUGGUGAGGUUAGUACUGGUAUCAGGAUAAGGACUCGCCAACCGCAGAAUCAACCAUCUAUUGCAAACUCUGCACAGGGAAGUGCUCCAAGAAGAUUGCGAUUGCAGUGUAAACUUCAAGUGCAGCCACUUCAUUGCGGCCCCAUGUCUCAGGAUCGGAGCAGACCAGAAGACCAUGAAUUAAAAAUAGCUGCAACUGAGCUAGAGCCUCAAGAUUAUCUGUGCUCUGAAGAGAUCAUCAAGAGAGAGGCUCCUUUACCAGUCGGAACAACGCCAGAGGAUUAUGGUAAUGUAUCCUUCGAGCAUGAUGUUGAAGAGAACAGGGGAAAUGUGGCUUUGCCACAGAAUGAGUCUAUCGAGCAGGGAGCUCUCUCAGCUGGUGGCGCAAGUGGCGAGGUUAGUACUGGCAUCAGGAUAAGGACUCGCCAACCUCAAAAUCAACCAUCUAUCGGAAACUCUGCACAGGGAAGUGCUCCAAGAAGAUUGCGAUUGCAGUGUAAACUUCAAGUGCAGCCACUUCAUUGCGGCCCCAUGUCUGAAGAGUGGAGCACACCAGAAGACCAUGAAUUAAAAGGUGCUGCUACAGAGGAGGGAAAGGCUUCAGAAAAGCAUGGUCCUGCUGGUGGUUCUGCUGCUGCUGCUACUGUCUGUUCUACGAGUGAACCGCAAAGAGUCCUUCCUGAUUCUAGUAAGAUCUCUCAAGAGGAGCCACUUCUAUUGAAGUCGAAAGGCAAAACUUUGGCAGGCAUUAAUGACCUUUCUGUGUUUUCGGAGACCCCUUCUCGUCGCUCAAUCUGGUCAUUUGCUUUGGUGUUCAGGGUAGUGGCGGUUGUAGUAUUGUUCGGAAUCUUUGCCAGCGUAUGGAAAUGUCUUAAAUUUUGAUGCUACUUUGGGGACAUUUCUUUCUGGGGCUGGGGUAACUAUAUAGACUUAUCUCGGGAUAGUUUGUUAGACUUGUUGAUAUUAGUAAUUAGUAGUUAAAAAGAAAAAAGAAAAAAGAGGGAAAAAAAAAGAAAAAGAAAGUUGAUGUAUGCUUAAACUAUGUCCUUCUUUGUAUAUAUAUAAACCUUCGCGCGCGGCUUUUUUCUUGGUAUUAUAUGAUAUGAAAGUUUACUUUGCAUGUGGA